CUCGAGAAUCAUGAGACCUACUUUUUACCCCGACCUAGCAUACCUAGAGGACUAAUCCCAUGUGGUGUGGGCAGUCUAUGCUUAAUCGAGCAGUUACGUGGAGAGGAGUGGCUUCCGCACAGGUAACUUCCGGGGCGUGGUCUGCUGGGGUCGACCGGAAGCUAUUAUCAGCGCCACAUGACCUCUGGCACCCCUCAACGCUCGGCCUGGGCCAUGGCGGCGCAGCUAAAGGUGGAGCGGGACAUGCAGUGUAAGGUGGACUCCUUCCGGGCCCGCAUCUCGCAGGAGGCCGAGGAUCUGGUGGCCACCUUCUUCCCCCAGAAGCUGUCGGAGCUGGACAGCCGGGUCCAGGAGUUGCACCUGCAGGACCUGUCUCAGAUCCGGUCGGUGCCGGCCCCUGUGUCUCCCGGUGCCCCGGACCCCGUGGGGGAUGGGCCGUGCCGCGAAGGGCCCAUGCUGCGCAGCAACCAGCACUUGGUGGAGCUGAUUGAGCGUGUCAAGCCGGAGAUCGAGCUGCUGCGGCAGAAGUGCAGCACAGUGCGCAUGUGGGUGCAGCUGCUGAUCCCACGUGCCGAGGAUGGCAACAACUUUGGGGUGUCGAUCCAGGAGGACACGGUCGACCAGCUGUGGACGGCGGAGAGCACAGCCGCCUCCUACCUGCGCCGCUUCUCCACCUACUACAGCACACGCGCCCGCCUGGUGGCCAAGAUGGUCAAGUACCCGCAGGUGGAGGACUACCGGCGCACUGUGGCGGAGGUGGAUGAGAACGAGUACCUGAGCGUGCUCCAGAUCCUGCUGCACGUGCGCAACCAGUACGCCACCCUGCACGACGUCAUCCUCAAGAACAUCGACAAGAUCAAGAGCCCGCGCAGCUCCAACACCGACAGCCUGUACUGAGCCACUCGCCUGUUCACCUGCGGGGACCGGCCAGGGGCUGAUCGCAGGCCAGGGUGCACCCCACCCAGUCCCAGGCUUCGCCAAGGAGAAAGGACUGCACUUGGAAAGCAGAUUCACACGCGACCUGGCUUCCUUGCAGCAUCGGGGACAGUGAAUGCUGCCAGGGGUCUCAAAAGACAUAAAGCCAAGAGCAAGAUAAAGCGAAACUUUUCCUGAGAUUCUGCUCCGUGUUCCUUUGUUCAAAGCUCAGAAGUGCCCUCUUUACGCCACCAUUUUUGGCCAGGAAAAGA